CCUUCAGAGUCUUCAAACGGCCACAGUUAGUCCAACGCGAGCAUCGGAGUCGUAAUAAAUAAAUGGAUUUGCGCGAGUGAUUUUCUCCCCCACACACACUCAAUCAUAUCAAAUACGAGUUUCCGAGAAAAGGCCACGAAUUUAAAAGGAUUCAGUGACUUCUAGUGGGAGGAUCAUUUCAUUAAAAGCUAAAACACACAUCGUCACUUAGGAACGAAUUGGAGAAUGGCGGGUCCAAUACUCAAAACAUGCUGCCUGUGCCAGAGUCUGCGGACGGGAAGUAUUAUCUCUGGCGUCUGCGGGAUUCUCCUGGCCAUUGCAUCACUAAUCGUCAUGUUUGUUGCUCGAGUGGAAUUCAAAACAAUCGUUAUUGAUUGGCUGCCGUCAUCCGUCGUAAAGAUAAUCCUGGCUAUUAAUCUCUGCAUGACCAUCCUUAUUUGCUUGUUGAUGAUUGUGGGAGUACUUAAAAGGAACCACUAUCUCAUGCUACCCUGGGUAGUGCUUGGGAUCGUACUUGCCGUUGGUCUCCUUGUAAGUGUAAUCUAUACCUCAGUGGUCUUCUUCAUCGAUGGAUUAGUUCUGGCUGGUGUUCUCUGGCUAAUAUUUGGCCUCCUGUCAGUUGUCGUCUAUGUAUACAUGUGGCUAGUGACAUUCAGCUUCUUCCAAAUACUCAAAGAAGAUAACGAUCGUGGAAGAUAUUCACAACCAUAUCGUCGUUGAUCAAACACAAAAACAAAAAGAAAAUUUUGCAGUGCAAAUUUUGUCGGAUAUGUGAACAAUAAUCCAACUGACUGUGUGUUAUGUGUCUAUCGCAUCAACUUAAUAAUUUAUUUACUUCUCAUCCGUUCUUAAUGAUGCCACAUUAGAAAAUAAGUGUUUUUUUGCAAAACAUUUCAUUAUUUUUGUAUAAUGUAAAAAGAAGAGCCAUUAAUUGUCUUAGGAUAAUAAAAAUAAAUUAACUCUAGACACUAAAUAAA